AUGUCUGCGGCGCAACUGCUCAACCCCAAGGCCGAAUCGAGGCGGCGGGGUGAAGCCCUGAAGGUCAACAUCAGCGCUGGUGAAGGCCUCCAGGAUGUCCUCAAGUCCAACCUCGGCCCUUUGGGCACUAUCAAGAUGCUUGUCGAUGGCUCCGGUCAAAUCAAGUUGACAAAAGAUGGAAACGUCCUCCUCCGCGAGAUGCAAAUUCAAAAUCCUACCGCAGUCAUGAUUGCUAGAGCUGCGACGGCACAAGAUGAUAUCUGCGGAGACGGCACGACAUCAGCUGUCCUGUUGAUCGGAGAACUCCUCAAGCAGGCGGAUCGUUAUAUCUCAGAAGGACUGCAUCCUAGAAUUAUUACGGAUGGUUUCGAGAUUGCCAAGAACGAGGCGUUGAAGGUGGGCAUCUGGCAUCUAUUGAACACGGAUACUUGGAUAGUGGUGCUGACGGGCGAACAGUUCCUUGACGGCUUCAAGCUCGAGAAGGAGGUCGACCGCGAGUUGCUUCUCUCCGUGGCCCGCACGUCGCUUUCCACGAAGCUUAACUCCAACCUUGCGGCCAAGCUCACCCCCGAUAUCGUCGAUGCUGUUCUCGCCAUCUACCAGGCACCUGCCAAGCCGGAUCUGCACAUGGUCGAGAUCAUGAAGAUGCAGCACCGGACCGCCUCCGACACCCAGUUGAUCAAAGGUCUUGCCCUCGACCACGGCGCCCGCCACCCCGAUAUGCCCAAGCGCCUUGAGAACGCCUACAUCCUGACGAUGAACGUCAGCUUGGAGUACGAGAAGUCUGAGAUCAACUCUGGAUUCUUCUACUCUAGCGCAGAGCAGAGAGACAAGCUGGUGGAGAGCGAGCGUCGUUUCGUUGAUGCUAAGUUGAAGAAGAUUGUCGAGCUGAAGAAGGAGGUUUGCGGAAACGACCCCACCAAGAACUUCGUCAUCAUCAACCAGAAGGGCAUUGACCCUCUUUCUCUCGACGUACUGGCCAAGAACGGCAUUCUCGCCCUCCGCCGUGCCAAGAGAAGAAACAUGGAGAGACUGCAGCUCAUCUGUGGUGGUGUUGCACAGAACAGUGUUGACGACCUGUCACCCGAGUCUCUGGGAUGGGCUGGUCUUGUCUACGAGCAAACUCUGGGUGAGGAGAAGUACACCUUCAUCGAGGAGGUUAAGGAGCCCAAGUCUGUCACCCUGUUGAUCAAGGGACCCAAUGCACACACCAUUACUCAGGUUACGGACGCUGUCCGUGACGGUCUGCGCAGUGUCUACAACAUGAUUGUGGACAAGAGCGUUGUCCCGGGUGCUGGUGCUUUCCAGGUUGCCUGCGCAGCACACCUCAAGAGCGACGCCUUCUCCAAGACGGUGAAGGGCAAGGCCAAGUGGGGUGUCGAGGCCUUCGCCGAUGCUCUGCUGAUUAUUCCCAAGACUCUCGCUGCCAACGCCGGUCUUGACAUCCAGGAUGCUCUUGCUGCUAUGCAGGAUGAGCACGCGGAUGGCAACAUCGUUGGCUUGGAUCUGGCAACGGGCGAGCCGAUGGACGCAGAGCUCGAGGGUAUCUUCGACUCCUUCAGAGUACUCAGAAACUGCAUCGCCUCAAGUUCGAGCAUUGCAUCCAACCUGCUUUUGUGCGACGAACUCUUGAAGGCGAGACAGAUGGGCAGAGCGGGAGGCCCUGGCCCUGAUUACGACAGUGAUUCCUCCGAGCAGGAGUUCACCGAGACCAACGUGUUACUCGGUUACGCUAGCAAAGACGCCGACGAUGACACCAUCAGUCGUCUUGGUGGUCAACCAGAAUGGUUGAACCCCGAACAACCAGCCUCAGCAGCCCUGGCGCGCUGUCAAGUGUGCAACGAGAUCAUGGUCCAGCUUCUCCAACUCAACGGCGAGCUCCCCGAAAAGUUCCCCGGCCACGAGCGCCGCCUGUACGUCUUCGCCUGCCGCAAAUCCACCUGCCGGCGCAAGCAGGGCAGCAUCCGCGCUGUGAGAGGUGUCAAGGUAUCCAAUGAAGCGCAAGCAGCGGCAGCAAAGAAGGCGGAAGCGAAGCCUCAGAAGAAGGUGGGGGAGAAGGAAGAGCCCAAGAAAGACGUCAGCUCGGGACUGGGAACCGCGCUCUUUGGCGGCGGUUCCGGUGCAGCGAACCCAUUCGGAGGCAACGCGAACCCGUUCAGCACGGGCGCCUCUUCAAGCAGCAGCCCCUUUGGCACCGCCGCCCCGUCGAACCCGUUUUCUAACCCCGCCGCCGCCGACGAGCCCACGCAGAAGAAGGAGGAGGCCAAGGACCCGGCCGAGUCCCUCCCCAAAACCUUUGCCGAGACGCUGAACCUCAACAACCCGCAAACGCCUUCCGGACCGCCCCCGCCGCCAGAGCCGUGGCCCGCGGCCGACGCCCUGCCUAAGCCGUACCCGAUUUCCUACCUCGCGGACGCCGAGUUCGAGACGCUCGACCCGGAACCUAUGCCCGUGCCGCAGAACGCGCGGAUGGAGGUGGACACCGAGGGUGGUAGCGGCGCUGGUGGGGGAGGCGACAUGAAGGACGUCUUCGAGUCGUCCAUGGACGCGGCGUUUCAAAAGUUUGCGGACCGCAUGGAGCAGAACCCGGAACAGUGUAUCCGCUACGAGUUCAACGGUACGCCGCUGCUGUACUCCAAGGCGGACGCCGUGGGCGCGAAGCUGGGCGCUGCUGCCGGCAGUGGUGGAAUGACGCGGUGCGGAAACUGUGGUGCCAGGCGCGUGUUUGAGGUGCAGAUGACGCCGCAUGCCAUCACCGAGCUCGAGGCGGAGGAGCUGUCGCUUGAGGGUAUGGACUGGGGUACCAUCAUUGUCGGCGUUUGCGAGGCGGAUUGUCAGCAGCGCGGUGUCGAGGUUGGUGAGGCAGGGUAUCUUGAGGAAUGGUGUGGUGUUCAGUGGGAGGAGCUUUCAAAGCGAUAA